AGUUCUUCAAAUAACUGAAGAUGAGUAAUGGGGACCCUCCUCCGUACUCGGACCCCGGCUACCCUGCAGUGUUCAGCUCUCAGAUGGCAGCCUUCCCCGGAUCGCCACACCAGGUGUCUCCUCAGCAGACAUUCGCUCAGACCUACACAGAUGGAGGAGACCACAACCUCCUCAUAGGACCACUGGGGCAACCGGGGCAACCGGGGCAACCGGGACAACAGGGGCAACAGGGGCAACCGGGGCAACAGAGGCAACAGGGGCAACCGGGGCAACCGGGGCAACAGGGGCAACCGGGGCAACAGGGGCAACCGAGGCAACAGGGGCAACAGGGGCAACUGGGGCAACAGGGGCAACCGCAACAACCGUGGCAACCGUGGCAACCGGGGCAACCGGGACAACAGGCUCAGCAACAGAAUCAGCCCGGGUACCAGGGGAUCCAGACGGUGCCCCCCAGAGAGCAGCCAAAAUACACAGCAUUCAUCUCUCAGCCGGCAGCCUUACCGACAUACCAGAUGAAUGGUGGCAGCGGUAGCGGAGGUGGCGGCGACAGUGGCUUUGGCGGUGGCGCUGGCGGCCUUGGCGGUGGUGGCUGUGGUGGCUGUGGUGGUGGUGGCGGUAGAGGUGGUGGAGGCGGUGGUGGAGGCGGCGGCGGCGGCGGUGGCGGCGGCGGCGGCGGUGGUGGCAGUGGCAGCAAAGGUGGCGGCAAAGGCGGCAAAGGUGGCGGCAAAGGUGGAGGCAAAGGUGGCGAUGGCGGCAGCGAUGGCGGCAGCGGUGGCAAUGGCGGCAAUGGCGGCAGUGGUGGCGAUGGCGGCAGCGGCGGUAACUUUACAGAUAUAUAG